AUGCUCGCUGCUGUCCGACCCGCUGCCCGCGCUGGCGUUCGCGCCUUCUCCUCGACUCCCCGUGCGGCAGACAUGGCCAAGAUCACUCUGAUCGGCCGCCUCGGCAAGCUCGACCACAAGCAGUCGAAGGCUGGCAAGCCCUACGUUCGCUACGCCAUCGCCACCAGCGACCCCAUGUCCAAGGAGGCGCGCGAUGCCGACCCCAACGCCAAGCCCACGACCUCGUGGCACACCAUCUUUGCUCACGGCGACGCUGUCGAGCGCGUUUCUCAGGUUCCCAUCGGCUCGCUUGUCUACGUCGAGGCGAACUACCAGUGGCGCCAGUCGCAGAACGAGGCCGGCGAGAACACCUACACGAUGCUUGCCCAGCACGAGCGCAUUAGGACCAUCCUCCGCAAGAAGGAGGACGGCGAGGCCUCGAACCAGAACUAA